UACGGAUAAUUCUCAGGAAAUCCUGCAAUAUGGCAGCCAGCAAGAGGUUCCUUUGUUUCUUUUCUCCUCCUUUCAGAGCCAGAGGUUGUAGCCCCGGCUUAAUGAUGAACAGGAGCAGUUUGGGAUUUCUGAAAAGGCGGUAUUCUAGUGGAUAUGGAGACAAUGUUCAAGUGUUUGUGAGACAUGGUUUCCCUGUUCUCUCUCUCCCUCUACCCUCACGUCGCGAAGUAUGCGAAUUCACAAUUCGUCCUUACCUUCAAAACGUUGGUAGCCUCCUCAACGAUAUAAAGGUGGAGGAUGGAGGUAUUGAUAGAGUUGCUGUUUAUUCUCGUGAUGGACAGAGAGUCUCACAAUCGACUAGCCUUGACCUGUUGCUCCAGGGAGACUUUGAAAUUGAGAUUAAUGACACUCGACACAAGAUUCAAGUCCCAGAAGAAGUUUAUAGUGUGCCAGUUGAAGGUGAAAGAGCAUUAUCUGACGUUAAGAACAUGAUCCACAAGCUGUACACAUCCCUCAAUGUUGACAAACACCAGCUAAGCAAGGAGAGGGAGUUACGGAAGCAGUUAGAAGAGAUAAGGUCGGAACUAGCUCCACUAGAGUCCCAGUGCCAGGAGCUCAUGGAAAAGAGCGCCAAACGUACGACGUACCUCAGCUGGGGGCUCCUGGCGUACAUGUGUGCUCAGACUGGGUUCUUUGCUAGACUCACUUUCGUCAACUAUUCUUGGGAUUUGAUGGAACCCAUAACGUACUUUGUGACGUACACAACCAGCAUACUCUGCUUUGCUUACUUUGUCAUCACGAGACAGGACUUUGUAUAUCCUGAUUGGUACAGUAGGGAAAAGAUGAAGAGAGUUUACAGUAUGGCCCAGACCAAGAAGUUUGAUGUAGAAAGGUUUAACCAUCUGAAGGACACGAUGAUGAAAGUUGAAGGUGAGAUUGAGCGGCUCCACGAUCCACUACAACUGAACCUUCCUACUCCACCAAUCAAGCCAGCUCCUUCCAACGAAUAGGAAGCAACGGGAGAGAGAGCUCUAUUUUUGUUACUAUUUUUAGACUCAAGAGAUUUUGGUAGCAAUAUAUUAAGCAUAUUAUUAUUAUUAGUAGCAUCGUGUUUUAUUUUUGACGGGUAGUCCAUUGAAUUUUAGAAUUUUCAAAACCAA